GGCCACCUGGCAUGGAUUCAGCAGUGCUUAGGGUAAUCUUUGGUCACACAAGAGAGAACCUGACUCUUCCACCUGGAGUACCAGAGACCAUGGAGGAAGUGAACUUGGCUGUGUGCCGGGCGCUUGAUGCCAGAAUCGAGAACCUGCCAACGGCUCGCCUCCCCUCCUCACCGGGAAAAGGCGAAAAACAAUGACAGUAACCCACCCCCAGUGACUGAAACAACUCCAGUGCCUACAGUGACCGGCCCAACAACGGCUAAACCAUCCAAUGAGCUUUGGGACAAGUAUCGGCUGCCCACUAACCUGGUACCAAUCCACUAUAACGUCACCCUGAGGCCACGACUGACUCCAGUUUCACCCGGAAAGUACAUCUUUACUGGUGAAUCUUCUGUGGAAUUUUUGGUGAAUGAGACUACCAACCUGAUCCUCAUCCACUCAAACAAGCUGAGCUACAGUCCAGUUAGCAAUGGCCCCUCGGCGAGGCUCACAGCAGUCAACGGCGGCACAGUCCCCGGCAUCGAGUCCGUGUGGCUGCAGAAUGAGACUCAGUACCUGGUCGUGCAGCUGAAGGGUGACCUGACGAAGGGCAACUACUACAUCUUGGAAACCAUCUUUGAAGGAGAACUCUCUGACGACCUCGGAGGCUUCUACAGGAGCGAGUACAUUGAGAACGGAGAACUGAAGGUUAUUGCGACCACUCAGAUGCAGCCGACGGAUGCCAGGAAGGCUUUCCCCUGCUUUGACGAGCCGGCAAUGAAGGCUACUUUCGACAUCACUCUGAUCCAUGACCUGGGGACUGUUGCCCUGUCCAACGGCAAGGAAAUAGAAACAACAAACAUCACCACUGAUGGCGAAAAUGUGCUGGUGACAAAAUUUGAGAGAACUGAGAGAAUGUCCACCUACCUGCUGGCGUUUAUAGUCAGUGAAUUCGGUUUCAUCCAAGACAACAGCGAUGAUCUUUUGGUCCGCAUCUUCGCCCGGAAGCCUGCUAUCGAUGCUGGCCAAGGAGACUACGCUCUCAAAAAAACUGGACCCAUCCUGAAAUUCUUUGAGAACUAUUACAAUUCCAGCUACCCUCUGCCCAAGUCCGAUCAGAUAGCUCUACCUGACUUCAAUGCUGGAGCCAUGGAGAACUGGGGUCUGAUCACCUACAGGGAAACGAACCUGCUGUACGAUGAGGAAUACUCGUCCAACUCCAACAAGCAGAGGAUCGCCACCAUUAUCGGCCACGAGCUGGCUCACAUGUGGUUUGGUAAUCUUGUGACCCUGCGAUGGUGGAAUGACUUGUGGCUGAACGAAGGUUUUGCGUCCUACGUGGAGUACCUGGGAGCACAUGAAGCUGAGCCCACCUGGAAUGUGAAAGACCUCAUUGUCCUCAAUGAUGUCCACCGAGUGUUCGCUGUUGACGCCUUGGCCUCUUCUCACCCUCUGACCUCUAAAGAAGAAGACAUCCAGACACCAGCCCAGAUCAAUGAGCUGUUCGAUGCCAUCUCAUACAGCAAGGGAGCUUCUGUCCUCAGGAUGUUGUCGGAUUUCCUAACCGAAGACGUCUUUAAAAAGGGGCUCCAGACCUACCUGAAGGCAUUUGCUUUCGAAAACACCGUCUACACAGACCUCUGGACACAUCUGCAGAUGGCUGUUGACACCACCGGUACUGCCCUACCGAAGUCAGUCAAUGACAUCAUGAACACCUGGGUGCUGCAGAUGGGCUUCCCUGUGGUCACCAUCAACACCGCUACUGGAAACGUUUCCCAGAAGCACUUCCUGCUGGAUCCAGAAUCUGAAGUCACCACUCCUUCCCCCUACAACUAUGAGUGGAUCGUUCCAAUGCGGUGGAUGAAGACCGGAGCUGUGCAGAAUCUGACGUGGCUGGAGACGAAAUCAGCUUCAAUCCCGGCGAUGACGGUAACGGGGAAUGAGUGGGUGCUGGCCAACAUCGACGUGGUGGGAUACUACAGGGUCAACUACGACCAGGCCAACUGGGACAAACUCCUCAAUGCUCUGAACACCGACCAUGAGCUCAUUCCAGUGAUCAACAGAGCCCAGCUGGUGGACGACGCCUUCAACCUGGCCAGAGCAAAGAUCAUCCAGACAGUGGAGGCCUUAAAAACUACCACGUACCUGAGCAAAGAGAGAGCCUACAUGCCGUGGGCGUCGGCCAUCAACAACCUAGACUACUUCUACCUGAUGUUUGACCGCAGUGAGGUCUAUGGGCCCAUGCAGGAUUAUCUGAGGAAACAGGUGACCCCUCUCUUCAACUACUAUGAAAACCUGACAGGGAACUGGGCUGAUGUUCCUACAGGACACAUGGACCAGUAUAACCAGGUGAACGCCAUCAGCCUGGCCUGUAGGACCGGCCUGCAGGAGUGUCAGGAGCUGACCUCAUCUUGGUUCAGAGACUGGAUGAACACUGGUGUCAACAAGAUCCAUGCCAACCUCCGCUCCACCGUGUACUGUAACGCCAUUGCAGCAGGGAGUGCUGCUGAGUGGCAGUUUGCCUGGGAUCAAUUUAAAAAUGCCAGCAUUGCCAGCGAAGCUGACAAACUACGCUCUGCACUGGCCUGCACCAAAGAGGCCUGGCUGCUGAACAGGUAUCUGGAAUACACCUUGAACCCAGACAUGAUCAGGAAGCAGGAUGCCACCUCCACCAUCAUCUACAUCGCCAACAAUGUGGUUGGUCAGACUCUGGCGUGGGACUUUGUCAGGGCUCGAUGGGAAUACAUCUUCAACCAGUAUGGUGGUGGAUCGUUCUCCUUCUCCAACCUCAUCAAUGGAGUCACUGAACGUUUUUCCACCGAAUUUGAGCUUCAACAGCUGAAGCAGUUCAAGGUCGAUAACGCUGAAGUCGGUUUUGGCUCUGGGACUCUGGCACUGGAUCAGUCCAUCGAGAGAACCGUCGCCAACAUAAAAUGGAUCGCAGAGAACAAGAACAAUGUUCUGAACUGGUUCAUAGCUGAAUCUACAUCCUAAUAAGGAGUUUACUUGUUCUUUGCGUCAUUUAAAAAUGUUCUUUUUAUCAUUAACAUAAGUCCCUAGACUUAGCUUUUACUCAUGAGUGUUUAUGGUACUAAAAAAUCAAAUAAUAUAUGCUCACCUUUAGUAUUAGCUGGGACCCAAAUUAGCUGCUGAGCUUUACUUGUGCUGCAGUUUAUUUGAAUUGAAUUGGAAAUUACAAUAUAUAUAUAUAUUUAGAAUCCUUGAAAGCAGAAAUAUAAAUAACAUUAAAAUUUGACACUUUCAGUCAAACAGAGAACCAGAGAGGACAUGAUUUUGUUGUUUUAUACUUUUAAAAAUCCGUUUUUUUAAUGUAGUUUUACAAUUUCGUGGUUACAAGAAAGGAGUUCCUUAUAAAUAGGAAUGUUUUUGUGUUUUCGCAAAAUAUUUUAAUAAUACUUUAGUGAUGUCAGGACAAACUAAAAGUCCUCUCUGGCCUCUAAAUAUAUAAGCUUCUCUUGUUUCUCUUUCUCCAUAUUAAAUAUUGAGCUCCUGAGUGAGCAGCUUCAAGGCCUAAGAUUUAAGAAAAAAGGUUUACUGUAUUUCUUGUCCCGCUGCAAAAUAAUUUAUGAUAAAAUUGGAUUGUUAAUGAGGACGUUCCUGUAUUUACUGUUCACAUUAGCUCUGGUUAUGAUGAAUUUUUGCUCUGAAACCAAUGUUUGUUUGUUUUUUAAAAAAUCUGUUUCCACCUUUAAAUGGACAAAAGAAAAGAAAUACCUGUACACUUUUAAAAUUAAAAUAUUUAAUUUUGUAAGUAUUCUUUGUCUAUGAGAUACUGCUGUGCUGUGCUGUGCAAAAAUGUAAAAAGGGAAGUCUACAUAACUCUAAAAUUGUACGUCUAUGCUCACUGGAUAUUUUUAGAUAUUUCAAUGCAACAGUUUCUCUCCAUCCUGAUAAAGUAAAUAAAACUAUUUCUUAAGAA